ACCUCACCCCCUUUUCCUGGAAGAAGCAUGAGGUGGGGGAGCUGUUCCUCAGCCCCAUCCUGGAGAGAGGUCGCCCAGGGAGCUGGGAGCACAGCGGACUGGCUCUGACUCUGAUUCCUUUCCGUUUCACGGGAAGAAGCCCAGGUAUUUUCACCCAGAGGAGGGACGAUGUAGCUCCAGGCUCAGCUUCUCUCCUCAUACUUGCAGGUCCCUUCUUGUGGUCUGCUGCACCUCUGGAAGGCUAUGAUGGGAAUGAAGGUGGCCGCCUGCAGGUUUCACCGGACCGGCUGCUUCUGCCUAGAAGGUCAUCCUUUCCAAGCAGGAAAAGUGCUCCCCGUGGUGGUCGACCUCAAGGGACCAGACACACUGUAGAGAGAAAUGGAUGAAAGCAGCUUGGGGGGCCCCAGACGCGUGCUCCCCGCGGUCUAGUCCAGGGACGCCCUUCCGCGGGGCCCUGGCCUUCUGGAAUGUGGCCGGCUGCGGCCGCAUGGCUGAUUCCUGAGUGACGAUGCUUCGGCGGGGGCUGCUGGCGUGCGUCUCUCGCGUGGUGGUUUUGCUCGUGCUGCUCUGCUGUGCCGUGUCCGUGCUCUACAUGCUGGCCUGCACCCCGAAGGGGGACGAGGAGCGGCUGGGGCUGCCCCGGGCCAACGGCCCCACGGGGAAGGAGGGGUACCAGGCGGCCCUGCAGGAGCGGGAGGAACAGCACCGCCACUACAUCAGCAGCCUCAAGCGGCAGGUCGCGCAGCUCAAGCAGGAGCUGCAGGAGCGCGGCGAGCGGCUCAGGAGCGCGCAGUCUCACCCCAGCGACGCAGCGGGCCUGCGGCUGGAGCCGGGGCCCCCCGAGAAAACCCAGGCGGACCUGCUGGCCUUCCUGCGCUCGCAGGUGGACAGGGCGGAGGUGCACGCCGGCGUCAAGCUGGCCACGGAGUACGCCGCCGUGCCUUUCGACAGCUUCACGCUGCAGAAGGUGUACCAGCUGGAGACCGGCCUGACUCGGCACCCCGAGGAGAAGCCCGUGAGGAAGGACAAGCGGGAUGAGCUGGUGGAAGCCGUGGAGUCGGCCCUGGAGACCCUGAACAGCCCUGCGGAGGGCAGCCCGAAUCGGCGCCCCUACUCGGCCUCGGAUUUCAUAGAAGGGAUCUACCGCACAGAGAAGGAUAAAGGCACUCUGUAUGAGCUCACAUUCAAAGGGGAGCAGAAGCACGAAUUCAGACGACUCGUCUUGUUUCGACCGUUUGGCCCCAUCAUGAAAGUAAAACAAGAAAAGCUCAACAUGGCCAACGCACUCAUCAACGUUAUCGUGCCACUGGCAAAGCGGGUAGACAAGUUCCGGCAGUUCAUGCAGAAUUUCAGGGAGAUGUGCAUCCAACAGGAUGGGAGAAUUCAUCUCACCGUUGUUUACUUUGGGAAGGAAGAAAUGAAUGAGGUCAAAGGAAUACUUGAAAACACUUCCAAAGCUGCCAACUUCAGGAACUUUACCUUCAUCCAACUGAACGGAGAGUUUUCUCGGGGAAAGGGCCUUGAUGUGGGAGCCCGCUUCUGGAAAGGAAGCAACGUCCUUCUCUUUUUCUGUGACGUCGACAUCUACUUCACCUCCGAAUUCCUCAAUACGUGCAGACUGAACACACAGCCAGGGAAGAAGGUAUUUUAUCCGGUCCUUUUCAGUCAGUACAAUCCCGGCAUAAUAUACGGCCAUCAGGACGCAGUGCCUCCCUUAGAACAGCAGCUGGUCAUAAAGAAGGAGACUGGAUUUUGGAGAGACUUUGGAUUUGGGAUGACCUGUCAGUACCGGUCAGACUUCAUCAAUAUAGGCGGCUUCGAUUUGGACAUCAAGGGCUGGGGCGGAGAGGACGUGCACCUUUACCGCAAGUACCUCCACAGCAACCUCAUCGUGGUGCGGACGCCGGUGCGCGGGCUCUUCCACCUGUGGCACGAGAAGCACUGUGCGGACGAGCUGACCCCCGAGCAGUACAAGAUGUGCAUGCAGUCCAAGGCCAUGAACGAGGCGUCCCACGGGCAGCUGGGCAUGCUGGUGUUCAGGCACGAGAUCGAGGCUCACCUUCGCAAGCAGAAACAGAAGACGAGCAGCAAAAAAACAUGAACUCCCAGGCCUAGACCUGGGGAGAUGCUUUCGUUUUUCCCUUUCAUGAUUACCAAACAUGGGGCUGUGACAAGGAAGAGGUUUCCCUAAAGGUGAAAAAAAAAAAAAAAAAAAAAAA